ACUCCAGAUGAAUGCAGAAACUGGCAGUGACAGCCGGGUUUAACUUACCAGCUUAGCACGAAGUUAAGACGAAACGUCUCGCAGAAUUAGUGUCCGUCAUGAUCAUCUAUACUAGAUAGGUAAAGGUGUGUGUGUGUGCAUGUGUGCAUGUGGGUCCCAGGUGGCACUAGAGGACUAUGGAGCCCGAUGUCAUCCGCCUGUACUCUUCUUCUCCCCCUCCACUAGAUGAGGCUGGAGAGGAGGAAGAGGAGGAUGAAUUUGGGGAGUUUGGCAGUUUCGCUGGUGUAGUAUCCAGUUUCAGUUUCUCAGAGAUUGACACACCUAUAACAUUUAACCAAUCAAAUGCACUAGAGGACUCGCCACCCGACCUGUACAUCACAUUUGUACAGAAUAGUACUGUAUCAGAAAAGAGUGUAUGGCCUAAGGAAAAAAAUCUUGUUAAGGAAUUACAACAGCCAUGUGUUUUAUCAAACCAAAAAUCAUCAAUCAAGGAGACUGAAGUGCAAAACUUUGAUGAAAGUGAUCCUUCAGGGAUUGUCAUGAAUGGCGUUGCAUCCUCCGACCGCCAGAGGGAGCUCUCUAUCAAACACAGUGUUUCUAGCAGUGAUCAACACUGCUUCUCAACAUCAUCUGAUAUUAAACACAGCAGCACAGGUCAGCAUAUAGACAACACAGGUGAUGGUCAAAGUAAUGGCUACAACAAGUCUUGCACACGUAUAGAGCGUGACUCCGAAUCUAGUAUAAGCUCAGGACUGAAUGUCAAAAUAUCUGAUUUUGAGUACAAUGAAAAACAGAACCAGCAGAUCUGUAACAUCCACGCAUGCCAUGAAGAUGCAUCAGAACCAGAAGAAACUAAAACAAGAACGAAGCUAUGUGAUGACUCCCAGUCAUUUUAUUCUUGUGAAGGAGGUAAGGAGACUCAAAAAGAGGAUAAGGGAACACAAGAGAAAGGGAUCCAAGAUACUCAUGGCCCCUCUAGUAAAGAAAAUGUGGUUGAUUAUAGUAAUGCAUUUUUUUUGGAGGGGUCAGACUCUACUGAAAUAGCUGAAGUAUUAAUGGUCCACGAAGUAGAUAUGGCUAUAAGUGAAAUGCAUGGAUCUUCAGGAAACAUGGGGAUGGAGGUAGACGUGGACAAUAAUGCCUUUAAUGAAACUCUCGAUGAGGACUUUGGAGACUUUAGAGAUGCAGCUCAGGGUUUCACGGACUUUAGCCGAACAGAAUCUAUAACCCAGGAAGGAUUUACUGAUUUUGUCACAGCAAUGUCCAGGUGCUCCACAGAUGAUGAGUUUUGUGACACAGACACUCUAAAAGACUUUCAGGAGGAGGAUGAGCUAGCUGAAGAAGAGGAGAAGUCUGUAGAUUGUGCAGGCGUAUUUUGUUCGGAAUUGCCUCCAAGCGACAGUUUUGCCGACUUUAGUUCAGCUCCGUUUGAUGGUUUGGAGGUGGAAGAGGGUGAGAACUGGGCUACAUUCGGACAGCAGGAAGCUGCAGAAGAGGUUCAGGAUUCAUGGGCAACUUUUGGCGAGGAGCAGAAUCCUUUACAGUGUCAGGAAAAACAAGAUGUUUUGACAUCAACACCUUGUAGUGACAACCUUCAAAGCAGCAAGAGGGACAGAGAGACUGCUGAAUUCAGCUGCAAAAUACAGCAUCUCCUCGGAAAUGUAUUUCCUUUAGAUGUCAAUUCUGAGGUCAGGCAAGUCACAGAAGUCUCACCCCUCCAAAAUGUUCUGCAGGCCCAGGAUCAAAGUGAUUUAAGUUGCUCUUUUUCUCAAGGGCAUGAUCUGGCCAUGUGGCGUCACUUUCAGGACAUCCACGGUGCACAUGGUCUCAAGUUUAAGUGGACAGGUUCCCAUAGCAACAGAAUCUUGCUGGAUUGCCUGGGAAUCAGAAAUAUUUUGUUCACUGGUGAGAAACAGCAGCCACUAAUCGUGCCUAUGUUUGCUGCCGGACUGGGAAUGCUGGAACCCACCAAAGAGUUUGAGAAAUCUCUAGCCUCCCCUGCAUUUUUGCCAUCGGUUCCUGUGGAAAGUGGAAAUAUUUUAUGCACUCAGGUGGUGCCCUCUUUGACCAUUAGUGUUGACGGCUACAGUAUGCUCUCAACACACACAGAGGCUAAGAAGAUCUACCUCAGAUGAUGAGUAUGCAACUGUGACUAAUUGCCAACAUAUGCAAAACUCAAACUAAUAGGACUAUACCCAUUAUCAAAUAUAUUCUAAGUUUGUUGUAAAAUAAACUAAAUCAGUCUCUAUGCACCAGCUACUGUCUCAGGUUUGACAAAAAAGUGAAAUAGCUGAGUUUACUCCUGGUGCUUAGUUCAAGCCAUUAAACAGCUUGUUUAAAGAGCAAAACCACCAAAUUCGUCAAGUUUUACUUAUACGUGCUACAGAAGCUGCACAUUUUUUUUUACAUGAAAUUUAAUUUGGGGGGGAAUUUCUGUUUAAAGUCUAUGUACAUUUCCAACUUUCCUUUCUUUUCUUAUUCUGUUUUCCCUCUGGUAAACAUGAUACAUUUUCACAUCUUUGGAACCACUGUUAUUGACAGUGAAUUGUUCAAUAAUGCACUUUUGACUUUAUUGCGAACUUUUCUUUAACAACACCUCUUAAAACCAUACACUAGUUUUAAAUAGCAAUUACUGCAGACCUGACAUUAACAUAACUGACUUUUGAGAGCAUUAUUGCCAUAACCUUUAGGCCUAAUUAUACACAGUCCACCUUACAGUCCAUUUUUACAUCACACAAGUUUUUGCAAAUGUUUUGCACAUCCAUAACAAAGAGAACUGAAGGCAAUAGGCAUUCAUAUCUAUGCUCUCAAAUAAAGCGUGAGUUACACUCCCAAGUCCCAAAAGUGUGCAAGAUCUAUGACGGCAUAUCUAUGACGGUACCAAAAAGAACCGAGCGCAUCACUGAUACCCGCGCGCGCGCAGAAUUAUUAAUGCGAGACUGAACGCGAGUAAACGAAAGUUUGCAAGCCACUUUUAUACCCUCGCGCGCGCAUGCCAUCUCAUAUGCUCAUAAUUCAAGCCCUCGCGCGCAGAGAUCUGUCUCACAGGAAGCGCAAAAUCAUCCCCACACUCUCGCGCUGCAUCCAACCAAAAAGAACCGAGCGCAUCACUGAUACCAGCGCGCGCGCAAUAUUGUUAAUCUCUCCUGCUGCCAAAAAGAAAUGUAUUUGCGCAAGCAAAAGUAGCAGGUGAGAGAGGAUGCAGCGUAGCGCGAAAAUCUUUCGUUUCCUUACGUGCAGAUCUGUUAUGCUUUCGCAAUAACAAUUUUGCGCGCGCAGGCAUCAGUAAUGCGCUCGGUUCCUUUUUGGCACUGAUGCCGUCAUAAAAGAUCUGCACAGUCUGGUUACUGUUACUAGUCAAAGUCAAAGGUUUUUAAAGGAAACUACUUUUCCUUACUCACAUAAGAUUUACUGAAUGUUAGUUUCUUUAUGGAACCAUACAGCCAGACAAUGACCAAUUUUGGAACCUUUAAUUUUAGAGAAUGCUCUAGAAAUAAAUGAUCUGGGUUCAAUACAUGUUUAGAUCUAUUAAUGGCAUUAAUGGCAAAAUGUUGUGUAGCAGAGCAAAUAAUUUGACCUUUUUCUGCUUUUUACCUGAAAAUCAAGGAAACAUUGAAGUCAAAUGGGCCAGUGUACCAAAGGGUUUAAAUUUAUAUUUAGUGAAAAUAUAAUGAUUGUGUUCUUUUAAAGCACAUACAUGAAUAAUUCAGUUAGGUUUUGUUAUUUGGGCUGUAAAUCGUUCUUUAAAAUGGUGGGGAUACUUGUUUUGUAUCCAAAGAUCUGGUUAUGCUUUCAUCAUUUAAUUCCUGUGCAGUUACAUUGCUCUUGCAUUUACAUUUCUUUAGUUACGACAUGCUUUUAUAUAAAGCGAAUACAAAUGAGGGAGCAUGUCAUAUUUUGUAGCCAACAAUAUGUUUUGUCUAUAAAGCUAUGUUUACAAGUAGGAGACACGAUACUUAACUGAUAAUUACAUUGUUAUCUUUUCCUGUAUUGAUUGUACAAAAGUUACAGGCUUAAUGGCAUAAUGACAAUAUUGGAAAUGUGAAAUGCUGAAUACAACAGAGACAAGGUCAAUAAUUAUGCUAAUCUCAUGCUAAAGUGUAAAAUGUGUAAUUUUGGGGCAGUUUCCCAGACAGGGAUUAGACUGGUCCUAGACUAAAAUAAAUGUAAGAGCUGUCCAAACUGAAAACAACUUGCACUGACAUAUCUUAAAAUACAUCAGUGCUCUUUGUCUUUCCUCAAAAUGCACACAAGUAAUCAUUUUAGUAAAGCAUGUUUGUUAGAACUAGUUAUAUUUACUAAUUAAACUAAGGCCUAGUCCUGGUUUAGGCUAAUCUCUGUCUGGGAACCCCCCACCCCUUUAAUAUUUACUGCAUGGCCCAAUAUACUUUUAUUGUAAGUGCCUUACUUUACCUGUAAGCUAUGCUUAUUCUAAAAAAGAAAGAAAGAAUUGACAUUCUCAUCUAUAAUCAAUUACAAUAUGCCACAAAUGCUGUAUUGAAACAAAAAAAUUUUUUUAACUAAAACUGUAACAUUAAAUUCCUUUCUUCCACAUUAUCUAUCUAUCUAUAAUAACAAUGGAGUUGUAUUUAGAUUUCAGUCUCUGUCUAAAUAAUCUCUGCUAAUAAACUGCAGUAUGACUAUCA